AGCAAGAGAAGAAGAAGAAGAAGAAGAAGAAGAAGAAGAAGAAAAUCAGGACUCUUCUCUUCCCUUCCCUAACGGGUGGCGGAUCACAGCUGUUUGUCUGACUGAACAAUAUCAUGCUUGUGACCAACCCGCGCCUUUUUUAAUUAAAGUACCCAAUUGAACUUUCACAGAGACUCCAUUUAGUCUCCUUUUAAAGCUUCUCUCCUGGACGGGAGAAUGACGAACACAGUUUACAAUCGCCUAUGGUAGAAUCACCUUUGAAGUAGAGGAAUAAAUCAGGCUCAAGGACUAAACAGUUCAUCGUCUCUGUCUCCACUAUUCCUCUCCGAGUGCAGCGUAUGAAGAAGCUGCCAUCCUAAACCUCAACAACUUACGUCGACUGUUUGGAUAACUAUUAUUUUCGUUUGUAUUAUUUAUCUCACAGUUUGAGUUUACUUCAGUUUGAGGUGUCUUUGUAAAACAGAUUCACACAGAAAGAUGCCCCCCCUCAAUAAAAAACCUAGGGUGGAGGACAGUCCGGAGAGCAAGCCAGCAGUUCUGCGGUUCCCACAGAAAAACGAGAAAACAGGUCCAGAUUACCUGAAAGAGGUUUUAGAUUGUGUGUCCAAAGAGAGACACAAGACAUUUGACUUAAAAAAAACAGCUGUCGCCACAUUGAAGGUAGGACUCCUGGAAGACACCAUUUACAGUGAGGAGCCUAAGGUAGUGAAUGGAUGGGGGAAAUUCUAUCUUCCUAAGAAAGUAAGCAUGCAGGUUGUAGGUGUAGUGGAGGGGACCUCCUGCCCAUGGGACCAGCUCGUUCUAAUGAUCUGUGAGGAUGAAAAGCUGUAUGCCUACGAUGGAGAGGAGCUACAUUUGGUGGCUUCAAGCCCGAAGCAGCUAGAUGAAGAGGGAAUAAGCUAUCCAGGAUCCAAGACAUACUACGAAGGGGAGGCCUUCAAAGACAUGACCAAUGAGGACUGGGGAAAAGUGCGGAACAGCCCUACGGGGAGGAAGCUGGAUCAAGAACAUCUUAAACUAGUGCUGGAAUACAAGGACAAAUCUAUGGAAUAUCUCAAAGCCACCCUCGCAAUAAAAGAAUGCCCCUCCCAGAAGCCCGUGGCAAGUCCCCAGGUCCUUGUGUCCGGGUGACGUUACUUGUGCCCAAAAAUACUAUUCUUCUUAUUUGAUUUAAUUUUCUUUUAUAUUCUGUUUCUGUGGUUAUGUACUGUACUGUGGGCAGGGCCGUUUCUAGCUUUUUUUGGGGCAAGAUGCUGUUUGGGGGCCCUAGUUUUUACAGUUUUUUAACUACAAUGGGGGGGGAUUCCGAAGCCUUACAUCAAUCUGUUACACUUUAAUAAGAAUACAGGCUAAUUUCACAAAAACCAAGUAAUUGCAAAUUACAAAAAAUGAUAUUAAAAACAAUAAGGCUAAUCUAUGUCAAUAAAUGCAAGAGAUGCAGCAUUUUCUUAACAAUGUUUAAUUUAGAUUUCUCAUCUUCCUCAGACGUCACUCAUUGGCUGACAACCCAACGAUGAUUUGGACUUUAUUACCCCAAAAACACAAGCCACAGCUUUGCUAUCAUUGCAGUUUAGUUGUGUUUAUAUCCUACAUUGGAUUUGUAAACAUAUAAUGCUUCACCGAACACAGGAGGGGGCUUGGCUGUCUACAAAUAAAGACGGCUCAUUUUAAUUCUCCCCAAAUAUAUUUAGGCUGAACCUGAACUUUGAAUUCUCUGCUCCCAUCAUAAUCUUGGCGAUCUUGUUAAAAUUGUGAAUGCAGAAUUAGAAAUACUAUGUAACUGGUUUGCAGUUAAUAAAUUAUCCCUUAAUGUGGCCAAAACAAAUUACAUGUUAUUCAAUACAAAGUCUGAGAGUAGAAAUGACUGCAUUAUACGGGUUUGCAAUACCGAGAUAGAAAAGGUUGGUGCAUGUACAUUUUUAGGACUGCUUGUUGACGAAAAACUCAAUUGGAAGCAGCAUCAUAAAUUAUGUACAG